CCAUGUUGCAUUUGUACUUUUACUACUUCAGUAAACAAUAGAAACGUUUCUUCCAUCCAAACUACUACUACUUACUUCUGUUGUCCUGUUAUUUGUCAAAUCGUUUGAUUUUGCUACUAAAUUCUUCAGUCGGCUUACAUUAUGUCUGUUACAUUAAAUUACAUUGUUUAUAUGAUCUUUGUUAUCAUGAAAUUUGUACUGGAGGCAUUUGAUGAUUUUAAAAUUUAAAAAGUUGCAUCAAGUUGAUCAAAGAGCGCCUCAACAAAAACAGCAGUCUGCAGCUUUAAGGACUCCCGCGCACACACAUUUGUCUUCCUGCCUCUUUCCUUUUGACAAAGACAUUUUUAUACUGACUUUAACACACAGCUCAGAUGAGUAAAUUUAGAGUCAGACUGUUUCCAGUUGUGUAACUGGUAGUUUGACUACUCUCACUGUUGCCUCAUUUGUGCUCAUGUUUCCACCAAAACCUCAAGAGAAAUAUGAGUUUGCUGUAUAUAGCAACAACACAAUUGUGUUUGAGUCUGCAGGGUGUUCUCAGAUGUUCCUCAGUGCCACUCUUCUUUUCACAAACAAGGAAUAACUCAUGAAAUCUAAGUUUUUGUCUGGUUUGGGGUUUCGACACUUGUAGACAGACAGACAGUGAGGAAUUUUUGUGGCACAGCAUUUUAGAUGUUCAUCUCCUGUAAUGACUUUUUGAAGGCAUCCAUAAUUUUCAAAGGGUCAGCCUCACAUUCCUCUGCAAGUUCACAGGAAGCAUGCAACAAUGGAGGACAAAAUGACCAGAGGCGUUGUCCACAAGCACACACAUAUGCUGACACACACACACGCACACACUAGGAGGGAGGAGAGGAAGUAGUGAGGUGGUGUUGAAUGACAUGAGCUGGCUUUUUAAAAAGGUGGAGACUGGUGCUGCUUCACAGUUUGGACCUGAAGGGGGAAAUGCAAACAUGUUCCACUUUGAUGACCAGUCGCCUCCAUGUGAGUGCCGCCCACCGAGACGCAGUGUCUGCAUGUUUUUUGAAAGAAGAGCCCUUUUAAGAGUAUGCAGCAUCUGCAACAUGAUGGGAAUGCGUGUGUAUGUGUUUAAUUAAGGAGCCAGACAGAUGACUGUGGACACACACCAUUAACAGCUCAAUACCACCUCAUGGGGCCGAUAGAUUUUGAGUCUAAUGAGAUAUUCAGCCUGAGGCCAGCAGCCUACUGUACAACAAUCAAUUCCUGUGAGCUACUCGGCUCUGAUUGCACCCAUCACUUUAACUAUCCAGUUGGAGUUUGCAUGUGAGUCUUUUUCAAGGGUGGUGGGGAAAUGUGGAUUAUGCAGAAGCAGGAUAGCAUCUGUGACCCUCCCUCUCUCUGCUUCUCCCUCUACUGCUUGGAGAUAUGAUUAGUAUGCUAUGACUAAAACCUCGGCUAUUUAAAGGGCCCACAAUAAAAGUCAGGCUCGUGUCUAAAGUCCUCAAUAUAGCCGCCGUUAGGUUGAAUCUGGUAAUAAAUAGCUCAGACUUGUCUUUUGGCUUUGACAGAAAUAAAGCCUGUCAUAAAGAUUUACUUUCCCUCUCAAGGCGGCAAGUUUAUCUCUUUAAGGAAACAAAAAAGCACGUUCCUCUCCUGUAGCAGCCACAUGUCCAACAAAGUUGUGGUUUGGCCUGUCCUGACCGCCUCUGCAUACAUCCAUCUUGUGAUUCUGUAUGCAGUCUCGUCUCAGUAGGGAGAGAAACAGCGUCUGCAGGUUUGAGAGUUGAACUCAGUGUGGCGUCUUCCAGACUCUGGUCUGCACCAUGAUGGGCACAAAGAGCCACUAUGUUUGUAGAAAAGGGGAUACAAAGACCCCAGAUUCCAGGGGACAGCUGCUGCACACACACUGCACUGCAGGCACACGCACAUGUUUAAGGCAUGUAACAGCCUCCACACACUUGCACCAGCAGAGGUUUAACUUACCCAUAGUGACCUGCAGGGAAGGCCACGAGGCUGGAUUUCUGUGGGCUCAAAAAAGAGACAAACUACCAAAUUUUAAGAGAAGUUAGAGAGAUUCUGCAUAAAAAAACAUAAGUUAUGAACAUAAUGCUGUUUAAGCCAAACAGUAUAUAAACCAGAUGAAAGAACCUCCACUUCUGCAUCCUACAAAGCCAGUGCAUAAAGAUACAAGGUAAUCCUUUAUUUUAUGACUCAGAACAUGUUUUUGAAUGAUGUCUUGGGAAUAUUCCUGGAAAGAACUAAAAUUGAUGGUAAUUAUGGGUAGAUCCUAAGGGUGCAGUUGGUAAACCCUCAAAUGACUAAUCCAAAUUAGCUCCUAACGCAACCUUAAGAGUCUCAACAUGCAAACAAAAGUCUCGUUUGACUUCAGACAGGCUUGUAGUUCAAUACACGUUAGCUCCAGGCUGGAUUAUUGUAGAUCCCUAUCAUCAGGAUGUUCUAAUAACUCUCUGAAACAUCUCCAGCUGAUCCAAAAUACUGCAGCAAGAGUUUUAAAAGGAACUACAGAGAUAUUUUUCUCAUAUCGAGAGACUCUUGGAACCUAAAAAGAAUUCUUGUUUAUUGGCUCCCUGUAAAAAACCAAAAAGCCCUUAAUGACCAAAAUGCAUUCUAUCUUAAAGACAUUCAUGUCAAAAUACAUCUUUUGCCAAUUUACAAUCAGGUCCUUUCAAAACUCCCCAAAAGAACUACUCAGCAGACUCAUGCUAAUGACCACCAUUAGCACACGAGGGCUCAGUGACAUCUGUGCAUUUCAACGACCCCCACCGAUACUCACAACGACCAUCGUUGAGUAGUCAGAUGAGUUUUGAUAUUGGUCGUUGGAAUAACAGCCCUGGACACACCUCAGAGGUUUAAAAGCUGAGGCAGCAACAACCACCACCAGAACUGAAGAAGCCUCUUGGAUGAGAGGUAAAUGGUCUGUAUUUAUAUAGCGCUUUACUAUACCUGCAAGGUACCCAAAGCGCUUUACAUGAUACGUCACAUUCACCCAUUCACACACACAUUCACACACUGAUGGCGGAAGCUGCCAUGCAAGGCGCUAACCACGACCCCAUCAGGAGCAAUUCGGGGUUAGGUGUCUUGCUCAGGGACACCUUGAACACGACGGGGCGAGGAUCGAACCGGCAACCCUUCGGUUGCAAGACGGCCACUCUACCCACUGAGCCAUGCCGCCCACAAAUCCAGAGGUGAAACGUCUUCAAGGAACUUCUAGAAAUCCCAGCCCUGAGCCCUUUGGCACAUAUAUCUCUGCACCCCAGAGAAGAGCCACUUGGCACUAAUCCCUGGUUUGAAGACCCUUUUGUUAUGACAACAGGGACUAGUGUACGCAUUACCACUUGAACCUGGGAUUUCGAGUGUUGAUCACCAGCCAUUAUCAGGGUCAAUGCUCACAUUCCUCAGAAAUGGUCCUCAUUUCAAAAUGAAUAGAUAGUAGUCAGAGCCAUCUGGCACAGUUCUGGGAGUAAAAAACAUGGCAAAACCUGGGAUUUCUAGUGGUAAAGUCCAGUGGAUUGAUUUAAACUACUUUGGAUAACCAUGACCUGGAUGAAUGAGAACCUUCACAGACGUCAAAAUACAGCACUUUUCUCUCAGCUUGCAGGUUUAAUUGGGGUUCCUACAGUUUCCAAAAGCAGAACAGGAGGCAGGACCUUCAGCUAUCAGGCCCUGCUGCUGUGGAAUCAGGUCCCAGUUUGUUUUAAAAUGCUCCUUUUUGCUUAUAGUUACGGCUGCUCAGGUGACCCUGAACCAUCUCUUAGUUAUGCUGCUGUGGGCCUUGACUGCAGGGGGACUUUCCAUGAUGUACUGAGGCCUCUCCUCUUCCCUCCUCUCCUUUACUCUCCAUGCAUUUAGAUGCCACCAUUGCUUGUCACUAACUUUGUGUCUUUUCUCUCCUGUAGUUUGUAUUUUGUUGUCUCUGUAGGUAUCUGUGACUGAGGAGUUACACGUUACUGAUCAGUUCACCAACUUCCAAUGUGUUUAUUUUCUUUCAUGUUGUCUAUUUGACUUAUGUCUGGUAUCCUUUUCUCUCUUCCUUUCACCAAUCGGUGGAGACAGAUGGCCAGCUUCCAUAAGCCUGGUUUGCCUGGACGCUUUUUCCUGUUAAAACUUAUUUUCUCCGCCUCCUGUCUCUAAAGAAAAUCACUGGCUUUGUUGGGUUUCUGUCUUCAGCCCUAAGAUGACUUUGUGUUUAUGUUGUCAACUGACACUUGAGAAAAUAUAAAUGUUAUUGGUAAAAUAAUUGGAAUAAGGUUUCCAAUAAUGCCUGACUAAUGAAUGAAUUCUGAGUUUAGGAAAACUAACACAUGUAACUGUAUUAACACUUUGUCUUAUUUAUUUAGCCACAUUAAAUUAUUUUUUCCAGUGAAAAGUAACAAAGUACAUCAAAAGUAUCAUACCUGUAUAGAUCUACAAUUUUGAGGUAAUUGUACUGACAGGCGUUUUGUUUGGAGUUAUAUGUAUUUUUUCUGACUACAUUUAUUUAAUAACUUUGAGAUUUUGAUGUUGUAAUACUUGCACAACCCGAUAAUGUGAUGCAUUAUAAUAAAUCCACCACAUAUAAUGAUCUAACAUUAUAAUAAUAUAAGUUAAGACUGACACUUUUGCAUAUUGUGAACUUUUAAUACCCUGUAUGCAUGGUGUUGCUGAUUUUUCUAAACUUAAGUAGGAUUUUAGUACUAUAUUUACAGUGCAGUACUGCUACUUUAACUGCACUAAAUGAUGUAAAUACUUAAUCAACCAGAUAAGCAAAAACGGUGCCACUGUGUCACUUGAGGAGCCUCAUUAGGAGGAGAUUUUGCUCCAGAAAAGCAGAUGAAUAUCUUUCCCUUCUCUCCAAACAUGAAUGCAUUUAUUUUAAGACAUUCACCCAAAGCUCAGUAAAACAAAUACCCUUCUCUGUGCUCCUUAUUUUUCACUCCUCGUUGGUAAUAAUACAGCGCAGUGCAACCUCCCUCCUCCUCCUCCUCCUCCUCCUCCCGUGUGGUUUUACGCUUUUGAUCCCCGAGGGACCUCGCGUUUUACAUUCCUGGCAUUCCGACCUCAGUCCCUCCUCGGUUACUUAUUAUCGCCGCCUGCUCUCUCCACAAUCAUUUCACAGCGAGAGAGCAGCGCGGCAGUGUGUCCGGGGCCACGAAGAUGAGACACGUUUGAGUCGAAAAAAACGGAUGUAAAAACUAAGUGGAAAUAUUGUGAAUUUGACUUCGACAGCGAGGAUUUUGGCGACGAUGAGCGCGUGAGCUGGUUCACAGCUGAUUCAUUUUGACACUUCCAGAAAAGAAAAAGCAACUGAUCUUUAGAGAGAAUCAACAAAAGCAGCAUGUCAUCCACCGAGGAGCCGUCUGGCACGGUCCUGCACCGGCUCAUCCAGGAGCAGCUCCGCUAUGGAAACCCUACAGACACCCGCACCUUACUAGCCAUCCAGCAGCAGGCCCUGCGAGGAGGCAGUGGCAGCAACAGUGGCCCCAGCAGUGGAGGCGACAUGAGCAGGAGCCCUCGGUCCUCCUUAGAGAGCCUCACCCAGGAAGACCCUCUGUUCCCCCAGCUCUCUGCCAGGCAGGAGCCCCAGGGCCAGGAGCACCAGGGGGACUACCACCAUUCAGAGAGCGGCUUCCAGCUGCACGGGGAGGCCCUGCCGACCUAUGAGCAGGCCAAGGCGCACUCUCAGUAUCUGGCCUCUCACUGGGCCCCUGCAGGCCCCAUCAGGCAGCUCCACGAGGGGAAGCUCCUGCAUGAUGGAGCCUUCCAUGAGGAGGCCGAUCUGAUGGAGAUAAAGUGCAGUCAUGUGCGGUCGCUCAGCGAGCAUCGCAUGCAGAUAUCUCUGGAGAGGCACGACGCAGCCGCCAAAGCAGAGGCCAUCAAGAUCACCUCUCACAGCUACCCUGAGCUCCCUUACUAUGCUCCACAGAACACAGGGCCAAGCAUGGACAAACGCUGCCCACCUCCAGAGUACUCAGCCCCCAUCCAGGGCCAAGGAUUUAUCCCCCACCAGGUCCAGGAGCCAGUGCAGGCUCAGCAGCACAGGUAUGUCCAGUCUGUGGAGUCAGCUGAAGUGCCCUGCUACAACUCGUACAACAGUCUGCCAUCUGCCGGCCUGGAGGAGCCCAACCAGGUUGAGUUGCUGCUGAUGGAGAACGAGAGGCUGAGGCAAGAGCUGGAAUCUCACAGGGAGAAGACCAGCCGUAUUCAGAAGUUGGAGCAGGAGAUCCAGCGUAUAUCCGAGGCCUACGAGACGCUGAUGCAGGGCAGCAGUAAGAGAGAGAACUUGGAGCAGACACUGAGGAAGAGGAUGGUGGCCGAGAUCAGGAGGCUGCAGGAUUUCAACAGAGACCUAAGAGAAAACUUGGAAAAUGCCAGAACGCACGUUGCAAAAGAAGUGGAGGCAGCCGACCAUAACCAGCACAUCAUGGCGAAACUCCUCGAACAAAACGAGGAGCAGAACUUUGAACGGGAGCGUGUGGAGCGGGAGCUGCAGCGAUUGCGAGCCACGGCCGAGGAGCAGAGCGCCAGGGCGAAGCGGCUGGAGGAGGCCCUGGAGGCGGCUCGGGGACGAGGUCGCCAGCUUGAGGACGAACUGAGGAGGAAGAGGGCCUAUGUGGAGAAGGUGGAGAGGCUUCAGAGCGCGCUGGCUCAGCUGCAGUCCACCUGCGAGAAGAGGGAGAGCCUGGAGAUGAAGCUGAGGACACGGCUGGAGCAGGAGCUGAGGAGUCUGAGGGCGCAGCAGAGGCAGUCUCAGCCUCCAGGAGUGACCAUGUGCUCCCUUCAAGAGCGCCUACGGGAGCGUGAGGAGCGGAUUCUGGCCCUGGAAGCAGACAUGGUGCGCUGGGAGCAGAAGUACCUCGAGGAGAGCACCAUGAGGCAGUUCGCUAUGGAGGUGGCUGCUACCGCUGCAGCCCAGAGAGACACCACCAUCAUUAACCACUCACCCUGCCACUCCUCUAACAACAGCUUCAACGAGGACCUGCCAGUUGCCGACCACAGGAACCAGGAGAUGGAAAACAGGAUCCGCGCGCUUUACGCUCAGAUCUUGGAAAAAGAUGCCGUGAUCAAGAUCCUCAACCAGCGGCUGCACCAGGAUCAAGGUCGGAAGGACGAGCAAAGUCCCCGAACGAACCUCCUGAACACAGCAGGGGCGCCUCUCCGACCUGCCUCCUCCACUCCCUCCAUCAGCACCACCAAGAGCAACACUAAGAGUAGAGGUAAAAGCCUUUCAGAUGAUCAGACUUUGCCGAGCCAUCAGUUCUCUGUUCAGUCUGAACCUGGAACACUAGAACGGCAGGUGGAGGGAUCCAAAACCAAAGAGGCUGCCAGAACUACUAAGCUCAACAGUGACAAGACAGUGCCUAAGAAGUUGCUAUUAAACCCCUUCCGAGGCCUGGAUGAGCUGGAGUCGGAGGCGGUGGAGAUCUUCAUUUAAAGAAUCGAUGGGUGGAUUCUGAAUGAGACGUAAAAGCAAUUCUGUGAAGAGUGAAAGAAGAGAGGAUGGGACAAAUAUAUGGGAUGCGAGAAUGUUGCGAAAAGAGGCCAACGCACGACAAAAAAAAAAGACUUUUCACAUUUUUGAGACAGAGCUGUGCUCCGACUCGCUCACUUUCAUUAAGCUAGGCGGCUGCAGGCAGUUUGCCCGGCAGAGUGGCAAAAGAUAAAUCCUCUGAGGUACUUGGACAGUAUUGUGGAUUGUAAUAGGGCAACAUGUUCUCAGAGAGUGUAUGCCAAAGUAUUUAUAUAAAUAUCUAUAUAAUUGCUGCUUUUCCCCUUUUUUUUUAUUAUCCAUUUAUUCCUUUCCCAAAUCCCCUGAAUUAAGAAGCUACAUAUUUAUCUUAUCCGGUUUCCACAUUCCCCAAAUAUUAACUUAAGCCUCAUGCUCCUCUAGACAAAUAUUCAGUAAGCGGUUAUCUGUGUGACCUGCAUUCCCCUCCUCUCCUAAAAAUGUGGAUUUAAUCUGAGUAAUCUCAUUCCCAUCACGUAGAUGUUGUCUGUUUGGAAGACUCCCCUUUUGCUGAUUAAUUUAAGCUGAUAACACAUGAAACACUGUCGAUCUAAACGCUCUUGCUGUUCAUAUUUCUUAAGCCUGAGUAGCUGGUUCUGCAAAGGUUCUGAGAUGUAUGAACGCUGAGCUGCGUAAUAUAUAAGAUUUGGUAAUUUUUUAUUUUUUAUUUUUGCCAAACUGACACAAACCUGGUGUUGUAAUUUUGGGACGGUGCAGCAUCAUGGUGUUGAUUUCAUCGUCUUUUGUUUCUUUUCUUUUCCUUUCUCAAAGUAUGUUUGCAUGUGUGGUUACAGUAUGAGUGUGUGUCCUGAUGUGGCGACUCUGCUGGUUUGGUCACCGCUGAAGGGCAAAAGUUGAAAACAGCGUGUUUUUUUUUUUUUUGUUUACUGUGAGCUUUGAACUAACAAACAGGUUAAUUAUUAUUAUUAUAUAUUUUAUACAGAUGUUUGUAUUGUUAUUUUAGAUAUAAUAGUGCUUUGAGCAGGACGCCAAAGAGUUUAUGUUUGUCUGUUGUAAGUUAUGUGCCGACAAUCACGGUCUUGUCAAGCUGUACACAACCAACCAAGUGUUGACUUCAAACGGACAUUUCUGUGAACUUUACAGUAUGAAGGUUUUUACAGUUGAAUUCAUGCAACAUUUCAUAAAGCAAUAAAAUACUCUAAUAUACAUUAA